AUGUGGACGUUGCUUUCAUCUUCACUGCUUCUGCUGGGACAGAUUCCACGGGUAGCAUCUUCUCCCAGUCUGGUUCGAGUUGCGCAACGCUCUUCCCUAGACACUUCUAAUGCCACGAGCUUGCAAGAAGUGUUUCAGGUAUACCAACCGGUGUCAUUCACCUCUCACGGCGCCAGUGGCUGCGAUAUUGAUGUGUUAUUGAUGGAUUAUGAGUUUGGCGAAAGCUACGGCGUACCAUAUGUUGGUAAGAUCAACAUCACAACUGUUAUCUCUCAUGACUUGAGUCUAAUUUUCGAAUUCUCAGGAAGCUAUACACCUCCAAGCUGUAAAUUUGACACUGUCCGCAUAAACAUGACUGUCACUUCUCGUGGCACGCAAUACGACCGGUUGGCUCUCAUGUACCUGGGAGACGCAGAGGUGUUUCGGACCUCAACCGCUGAACCAACUUCCACUGGAAUUGUGUGGACCUACAUUAAGGAAAUGUCUCAGUACAAUGCUUUGUGGCAAGAGCCUCAAAAACUGAUUUUUGACCUUGGAAACAUCAUUACUGAUGUUUACACUGGUCCAUACAAUGUGACUCUGACGGCGCAUUUCUCGGACGAGAACAAUGCUAGAACCGCCGACAUAAUUCUUCCACUUUCGGCCAAGAAGUCGUCCUCCAAUUCAUCCAGCUCCUUCACAGUGCCAACUGAUAAUACGACUGUCUCUUACAAAAUCCCUGCAGCAGCAUCUCGGGCCGUUGUCUCAAUUUCUGCGUGUGGGCAGUCUGAGGAAGAAUUCUGGUGGUCCAAUGUCUUCACCGAGGAUUCAGAGGAUUUUGAGGAUACCGCAGGUGAAUUUUACGGAUACUCGCCAUUCCGAGAAAUCCAGCUCUACAUUGAUGGAACCCUUGCGGGGGUUGUUUGGCCUUUUCCCAUUAUUUUCACCGGAGGUGUAGCACCGGGAUUCUGGCAUCCCAUUGUUGGCAUCGAUGCUUUUGACCUUCGGCAACCAGAAAUUGACAUUUCCCCGUUUUUGCCUCUGGUUCAAGAUGGCCAAGAGCAUGCAUUUGAGAUCAGGGUCACCGGUCUCAAUGUCUCCAGUGAGGGCAUUGCCACGCUUGCAAAUACCGUGAACUCAUACUGGGUGGUUACCGGGAACAUUUUUCUCUAUACCGAGCACAGAAACGCUUCAGCUCUGGCCACUAGAGACACCAUCACCCCCUACGUGGAAGCGCCCGAGCCGAAGUUCACGAUAACCCGAAGCCUUACGCAAAAUAAUAGUUUAUCCUACUCGGUGGUUGCAGAGAGAACAUUCAAGUCCACGUCCUCCAAGUAUGCUUGGUCACAGACCCUCUCUUAUUAUAACUACGGAUACGUCAACCAAGCUGGGUUUGGUCAGGUCAACAGACAACUCACUUCAGGCAAAAACACUAUCGCUGAACUUGGUGAGAAUUCGAGCUCUAACGAAACCACCUUCAACUAUCCUCUUCUGGUCAACGCAACCUAUAGUCUCACAUCCACCUCAGAGACCAUUGAUUCCUGGAUGAAGCGUGGCCUAGAGAUCGUGUCUACUGGUGGCCCAGAUCCCGUCCCCAGGUCACUGCUCGCCGCUCUUGAGCAAACCGAUAUCCUCGAUGAUGACCAGCCCCUCGCCAAGCGUCGUAAGGUCGCCAAGUCUAAUUUCUCCAGCUUAACUCAGACAUUGAGUGUUUCUUCGACUGGAAUACCAUUGGGCUAUAUCCCAUUAGCUCGGUUAGCACUGCGCAUGUCAUUCAUCGGCGACUCCAAAUCAAACAAUGAUGGCUUUCAAGGCUCACUAGAAUAUCCUCGCCGUCUCCCUGUUCUCCUCGGAGUUGUACCUAUUCAUCCGAUUGAUAGCAAUCCAGUCUCGACCUCGGACCAAGCCUCGCUCAAUCAUGACUCCUACACCCUUGAACUGAAAAAGGUCGGCGCAGAAAAAACAGAAGGGGAAAACAUUCUACAACACACUUUCGACGAUUCACGACUACGUGACUUGUUCCAACAGCUCGACCUUGCAAGUAGACUAUCUUCCGCGGAUAAAUACUCCAAUGGUCCUCCAACUGCUUGCUACCAAGCCAUCUUAUCUCGACCCGAAAAUAAUUGCUUUUCUUUGGAAGUGACUGUACUCUGGAAAGAUUCCCUGGACAUCCCGGAUUUAACACAUCUUCGCGACCCAGUCUUGCAUGUCUUUGGAAAAUAUGCCUUGCAAGAAGUUUUCGACCCUCCAGUGGGACUCUACGCAAAACGACUACUUCGUGAAAGGUUACUUGGCUCUUCUCAGACCUGGUCCCCUCGACAAUUUUAUGACAGUGUUCAUGUUCCGCAAAACACUGAAAGAACAUCAGCAGACAUUAAAUGUCCAGAUCUAGUUUGUGAGCUGUUUCCCUUCCAGAGAAGAGCUGUCCGAUGGCUUCUGCGGAGAGAAGGUAUGAAGCUCCAGUCUGAUGGAAGUCCAACUCCCAUCAGCAGGACCUCCGCGGGUGCACUCCCAGCAUCGUUUCAGCAGAUGAAAGACGCGGAUGGACGGGUCUGCUAUUUUAGCCAUCUAUUUAUGAUAAUAACUACGGAUCUCUCAAGAUGGGGAGACGAUGCAGCAGAUCACAUAAAAGGUGGAAUCCUCGCAGAGGAGAUGGGGCUAGGCAAAACUGUCGAGAUCAUUGCGCUCAUUAGCUUGAAUCGACGCCCUAUACAGCUAAAGCUUGAUCCUGAUGGUUUGAGAGCAUCUGGAGCCACAUUGAUCAUCACUCCGCCUGCAAUUCUCGAGCAAUGGAAACAAGAGUUUCAAAGGCAUGCUCCAGAGCUACGAGUGCAUCACUAUACAGGGAUAAAGCGUGGUCAGGAAAGAUCAGAUGAUUUGAUCAUCGAAGAACUUGCCGAAUUUGAUGUUGUUCUAACCACGUAUAACGUGAUUUCUCGGGAAGUGCAUUACACCAAUACGGCCCCGAAGCGAAGCCUACGCCACGAGAAGCGAUUUGAAGCUCGUAAAACACCGUUGGUACGGAUCUCAUGGUGGCGGGUUUGCCUUGACGAAGCCCAGAUGAUCGAGAGUGGAGUCAGUAAUGCAGCCAAGGUGGCACGCUUGAUACCUAGAGUCAAUGCGUGGGCUGUCACGGGCACGCCGCUUCGACGUAACAUCGAUGAUCUUUUCGGACUCCUGUUGUUCCUUCGAUAUUACCCAUUCUGUCACUCGAAUCCAUUGUGGACUCGGUUGUAUUCCAAGUUUGGGUCCGUAUUAGUGCACAUCAUUCAGAAGAUCGCCCUUCGGCACACCAAAGAUUGUGUUCGGGAUGAACUUCGCUUGCCGCAACAGAAGAGAAUUGUCAUCACCACCCCAUUCACGGCUAUCGAAGAGCAACAUUAUGGUCAGCUCUUCGAGGAAAUGUGUGAACAAUGCGGUCUCGACGCGACAGGCGCACCGCUCCGCAGUGACUGGAAUCCCGAAGACCCCAGCAUUAUUGAACGAAUGCGUUCUUGGCUCACUCGACUCCGCCAGACAUGCCUUCAUCCUGAAGUUAGUGGCAGCAACCGUAGGGCUUUGGGUGCGGGAAGUGGGCCACUGCGCACCGUUGAUGAGGUUCUUGAGGUCAUGAUUGAGAAUACUGACACAUCAAUCCGCGCUGAAGAGCGAGCCCUCCUCCUGUCGCAGCUCCGCAGGGGGCAGUUUUUGGAGAAUGCUAAGCGUCGGAAAGAGGCUCUGUCUCUUUGGCAGGCAGCUUUGGAGCAUUCUACCACACUGGUUGAGGAUAGCAGAUCACAAUUGCGUCUGCAGAAAGAACUUUUAAGAGAAGCUCUGGAGGAUGGCUCGAAGGAUCCGUCAAAGGAGAUGAGCGAUGAUGAAAACGAAGAAGCAGACAAAAAUAGUCGUAUUGGUCAAUGUCGACUGAAGUUGCGCGCUGCUCUCGAGGUGCAGCAUAUUGCUGUCUUUUUCACUGCAAAUGCGUACUUCCAGAUCAAAAGUGACCCUGGUCUUACCCAGCCCGAGUCUGAGGAAUUCAAGGCGCUUGAGAAGAAAGAAGAGGAAGCGUACGAGGCUGCCAAAAUCAUUCGCAAGGAGAUGUUAACCGAUAUCUCGCAAAAGGUUGAGCGAUACAUGCGAAUGAUCAAGGAGAAAACACACAAGAGGCAGUUUGUUCAAAUUCCAAAGAUGAAACCUCAUCUGUACAACAGGGGGCUUGAGUCUUACCGACUACUCAACAAUUUUGAAGACCUGUGCACCGCUUUGAAUAAGCAUGCGGAGCAAUACAUUGAAUGGCGAGAGGUUAUGAUCAAACUUGUUUCGCAGUCACUCAUUGACCAAGAAGAAGAUGCAGAGCUUGAAGGCAACGAGUAUGAGCGGUCGACCAAACAUCAAGAUGAGAUGUACGUUUAUAUGGAAGCUCUACGAACAGCCUACGCAGAUCGCCAUGAUGCUCUCACCGGUCAAAAGAACAUCCUCAUCUCCCACGAGGUGAAGGCUGGCAUCAUUCAAGCACAAAAGGAUGAAGGGCCCUCUCCGAAACUGUUUCUUUCUAUCAUGAAUACUCGCAGCGAAAUCAUGCCGGACUCCCACCUGGGAUCACUUCGUGGCAUUAUCAGUGAACUACGCAGCCUAGUGACCUCGCUUGAUUGGCAGGCGACUGGAGGAAGCUCGCGGGCUCGUGCUGAGCUUGAGGUGGUUGUCGAGGUUCUGAAAAAUGCCGGGCAGAUGAUUGCCGAGCAACUUAAAGUGUCGGCCAACUUAGAGCGGGAAGUUGAAAUGUUUCGUGAUACUAUGAACAACAGGCUGGAGUACUAUCGACACUUGCAGCAGAUUUCGGAUACGGUUGCACCCUACGAUGAAGAAAACGCCGGAAAGCCCAUGAACGAGGAUCUUUUUGCUUCUAAGUUAAAGCAAGAAGAAAAUCUGGAAAGUAAAAUAUCUUCCCUGAGGUCCAAGAGGCGAUAUCUCAUCCAUCUUCGAGAUGAGUCCGGCUCAGAAGACUCUAGUAGAAUUUGCAUCAUCUGUCAAUCGAGCUUUGAAGUUGGCGUUUUAACCGUUUGUGGCCACAAAUACUGCACGGAUUGUCUGCGACUAUGGUGGCGUCAGCAUCGAACCUGCCCUAUGUGCAAAAGGCCAUUGAAAUACAAUGACUUUCAUCAGAUUACCUACAAGCCACAGGAACUGGUUGCCCAAGAGGAAGAGUCAGCCAUCAAAUUCGAUCAUGAGCGACAUUCAAAAAAUGCGAUCUACAGUGAUAUCAAUUCUGGUCUUUUAAAUGAGAUUAAAAACAUCGACCUCAAUGGUUCAUUCGGUACCAAAAUCGACACUCUUGCACGCCAUCUCAUAUGGCUACGGGAGUAUGACCCUGGAGCCAAAUCGAUUAUCUUUUCUCAGUACAAGAACUUCUUGGAGGUUUUACAAAGAGCUCUUCAUCGCUUCAAGAUCGUCAGCAGCAGCGUCGAUUAUCCGGGUGGUAUCGAGAGCUUCAAAAAGGAUCCUGCUGUCGAAUGCUUCCUGUUGCAUGGGAAAGCUCAGUCAUCAGGGUUGACAUUGAUUAAUGCUACCCAUGUGUUCUUGUGCGAACCGCUAAUCAACACUGCGAUUGAACUUCAGGCCAUUGCUCGAGUACAUCGAAUCGGUCAACACCGGCCCACUACCGUUUGGAUGUAUCUUGUUUCCGGUACUGUGGAGGAGUCUAUAUAUGAAUUAUCUGUUGCGCGUCGACUAGCCCAUAUCAUCGAGAAGGAGAAACAGGAGAAGAACGCUCGCUCGACAAUUGCUGAAGAUUUUGAUGAAUCAUUGAUCAAUGAUCUGACGGAAACGGCCAUUGACUCUGCUAAUUCCAUGGAAAUCCAAGAUGCAGGUCUAACAAACUUGAUGACCAGUGGUGCAUCAGGUGGAGAGAUGGUCAAAAAAGAUGAUCUGUGGCAGUGUCUCUUUGGAAACGCUGUAUCGAAAGCAGAUGAUAAUGGUCAUUCGGCUGAGGCUGAGAGGGAAGUUGGCAGAUUUUUGCGAGGUGAAGCUGCGGAUCAAAGAAGAGACGACGCUCAUCUAUGA